AUGACUAUAUGGGAUAUAGUGGGCUAUAUGGGAUAUAUAGCGAGCUCCUACUCUGCCCACCGCUACUCCUGUACCCGGAACUCACAGCCACCCCUCGCUGAUAACGCCCUGCACCGUCCUUUUUACCCGACCGUAGAGGACACGUUGUGUCUUACCGGGCAUCACCUCAUCUUCUCCUCUCGUCGUCAGGAUAUGAAGAGGAAGCUGUGGCUGCUGCACUCCAAUAUCGACUCCAUUGAGAAAAGGUUUGUGGGUUCACUGGGUACCAUCAUUAUAAAAUGCAAAGAUCUGCGAGUUAUUCAGCUGGAUAUUCCUGGAAUGGAGGAGUGUCUGAACAUUGCUAGCUCUAUAGAGGCACUUUCUACUUUGGAUUCUGUCACUCUCAUGUACCCGUUCUUCUACCGGCCUAUGUUUAAAGUUAUUGAGGACGGCUGGAGUGCUUUUUUGCCUGAGAAAGAUUUUGAACUUCUCCGUUCAUUGACAGAUGACUGGCGUCUAAGCCAUAUCAAUAAGGAUUUCUCUAUCUGCCCUACCUACCCUUCAGUGGUGGUUGUCCCCAAGUCCAUUGAUGAUGAAGUGCUUCAGAAAGUUGCGCUGUUUCGCCAUGGCGGUCGCUUCCCGGUCCUCAGCUACUAUCAUAAGAAGAAUGGCAUGGUCAUGACGCGAUGCAGCCAACCUCUGACAGGUACAAAUGGGAAACGCUGUAGAGAAGAUGAGAGGCUCGUUAAUUCCACUCUUCGUCCUGGGUCGCGUGGGUACAUCAUUGACACGAGGUCCCUAGGCACUGCCCAGCAGGCCAAGGCCAAAGGAGGAGGCUUUGAACUAGAAGUGCAUUAUCCCCAGUGGAAGAGGAUUCACAAGUGCAUUGAGAGGUAUAAUAUUCUGCAGGAAAGCCUCAUUAAGCUUGUAGAAGCUUGCAAUGACCAGUCACACAACAUGGACCGCUGGCUCAGUAAACUGGAAGCUUCCAACUGGCUGUCUCACGUCAAGGAGAUACUCACUGCAUCUUGCCUUGCUGCUCAGUGUAUUGAUAGGGAAGAUGCAUCAGUGUUGGUGCAUGGGACUGAAGGAACUGAUUCAACACUCCAGGUAACUUCUCUGGCACAGAUUAUCUUGGAUCCAGAAUGCAGGACCAUACGAGGCUUUGAAUCUCUUAUUGCAAGGGAGUGGCUACAGGCUGGUCACCCUUUUCAGCAGCGCUGUGCCCAAUCAGCCUACUCAAAUAUCAAGCAGAAAUCGGAGUCCCCAGUGUUUCUCCUCUUCUUGGACUGUGUAUGGCAAAUCUUUCAUCAGUUUCCUUGCUCUUUUGAAUUCAAUGAACACUUCCUUGUUACGCUCUUUGAGCAUGCCUAUGCUUCGCAAUUUGGGACUUUCCUGGGAAACAAUGAGAACGAAAGGUCUAAACUGAAGCUGCCGGAGAAGACCAUGUCCCUGUGGUCCUGGAUGAACCGGCCCGAAAAGCUGAAAUAUUUUGAGAAUCCUCUUUUUGAGGCCAACAGCCUUGUCAUCUGGCCCUCUGUGGCCCCACAGAGCCUGCAGCUCUGGGAAGGUUUAUUCCUGCGAUGGAACAGGUCUUCCAGAUACCUAGAUGAAGCCACGGAAGAAAUUAGCAAGAUUAUAAGCUACAAUAAGACACUUCAGGGUAAGGUUAAUUCGUUGAGGAGGCAUCUAUCGCAUAUGGAAACGGAGGAGCAGACGACGGAGGAGCAGACGACGGAGGAGCAGACGACGGAGGAGCAGACGACGGAGGAGCAGACGACGGAGGAGCAGACGACGGAGGAGCAGACGACGCAGGAGAGCCAGUGAGCUGCCAGGGCUUUGCCUCAGGUCUUUCUUUUCCAGUUUGUUUUAGAUUAAACACGGAAAGUGCAUGUAUUGCAGAGUCCUCUGGUACAGCUGACCCUCAGUCCUCCACUGCUGAAACCUUCACUUCACACAACGUACCUCCCUGCUUUUUUGGGAGGCCAUUUUGGUUUGUUUACAGAAGGUACAACUGGGCAUAUUUUCCUCUCCUGGCAGCUUUCUUGUCUCUUACUUGUGCAGUGUCAGCAAUGGCUGAAACUCUUACCUCCUCCACCCAGCUGUAUGGAUGACUGCGAUGGGCCAAGAGGUGGAAUGUUACAGAUUUAUUUUGGACUUUGAUCUUUUAUUAUUUUCUUGCUGAACUCUCCAAACACUCUUCACGGGAUUAAAAGGCAAAGUUAUGUGUAGGUUAAAAAGGCAUUCUAUCUGAGAGCACCUUUUCUCCUCAAGUAGGUAAGGCAGCUUAGUUCAUUAGUUUCCUAAGAGAGGUUGUAAUCUAACUACAAGACCAACCAGACCAAACAAUGCUUUCAGUUGCCUUCACAUCUCACACUUGGGGGUUUUGUGGUUUGGGAGCUGUAGGUUAUAUACCAGGUUAGACAUUCCAGUGCAAUAUAGAACUGAAUAGAGAUUCUGCUGCUAAUGUUUAAGCUAUGAUCAAUGGAUGACAAAUGUUUUUUAUUCUACCUGGAAAAUGGAGGUUAUGUGAUUGCUGGAGGUGUAUUCACUUGCUGAGCAAAGCAGGGAUUUGGAGCUGUCCUUUUUAGAGCCACUCUACCCUCUUGAACUUCUGGCUGUGUCUAUACAUUUGAACACAUUCACGGUGCACAAGCAGCACUUAAUUUACUGCACAGCAAAACAUUUUUACUCCAUUUUGUUUCUUUUCUCGUGCUCUUCCUAUAUGCUUUGUCAGACAUCUGAAGCUGGGAGUUGGUGUGAUCCAGCAUACCAGGUAGCUGCUGCAGAUGGGAAGGCUGUCACACUACAGCAGUGUUAAUAGCAGCUGCAAAUGACUUGCACUAAAACCAAUCAAAGAUACUAGUGGAGAUUUUCUUUCAACUAAGUUCAUUUUGUAGUUAUUUGUCUCUGUGGCUGCAGCCUGCUCUUCUUUAAAAUUAUUUCUUUGGUCGAAGUCUCUUUCUCCUUCAGAUAAUAAUGGUGUGAUGCAUUAACUCAUGUUGGUGCUUGUCCAGCUAGAUUUCAUUGAUAGCUACCCAUAACUGAGGAGACCUGAAAUCAAGCAUUGCAUGUGGCUGGGAUUACUGUAAGCUGCUCACUGUUAGUCUGUUGCAGCUGAAACCAGCGCAGAUGCAUGAAGUCAAUCCUGAUCUCUUUGGGAAGUGUUGAAUUAUUUUUGAUGCUUUGGAUUGAAGCUGCCUUUGCUUAAAAGCCACUUAGCAUAAAGAUAUGAAAACAGAGGCUCCUUCCUCAUCUUGGAUGUAUCUGGAGGGCAGCCUUCUGUGUAACACCUCAAGAUACCUUUUUAAAAGGUGUUCCGUAAUGGAGAAGACUGUGAUAGUGAUAUUAAGCACUACCUUAAUGCCUUUGGCUUCAGUCCAUAUCUCCUUAAGUUUCUUCUUGAGUAGCCUAAACUUCUAAAGUCCUGUGGCUUAAGCACUUUGUGGUAAUACCUAUUUCUUCCUACUCUCGUAGAGCAGACUUGUUCCCUAGAUUACAGAUGACAUAGAGAACACUUGUUGUAUUUAUCAGAGUGGCUGAUGACCUGUAGCAUACAACAAGGGAGAUGGAAGCUGGCCAUGCCUUUCUUCCACUUCCAGGCUCUGGAUUUUUGGAGCUGCCUGCUUGUAUUGCAAAUGGAAGCCCUGAAUAUUACUGCUCACCCAUCAGUGCUAUGGCUGUGCUGCCUGCAGCUGCCUGGAUGUUGUACUCCCAUCCCAUCCAGCACUUCUGCUGUUGCUGUAUGUCCAAAAUACAUCAUCAUGAAUCAGACGAUAAGGAUUUGGAGAAGGGAUUGUUUUCCCCAUAAUAGACUGUACAUAAAACACACUUCAAGGUUACGCAAUUUCCUAACGUAGUAAUUAUAUAUUGAGCUACAUAAUAGAGAAGCAAAGAAGGUUGUUCUCCUUUUUUUAAUGUAAUUGCUUGGCUGCUGUAGUCUCUUACAGAAACUGCAGGUAUCUGGGGAGAUGGCAUGGAUUUGCAGCCUGCCUGUGAGGAUGACACUGUGACUGUGAGCAGUGACAGCAGGUUGUUCUUUCUUCCCCCCCCAAGUUCUUCUGCAAAUAGUCCCCUUUGUGCAGUGUUACAGCACAGCUGGGCGCUGUGUGCAGUGGAGCUGACCUAACACGUGGACCACACACAUCCCCCCCUUUAAACACUUCUCAGGUGUCUCAUGGCACCUGCAAUUUUUUUCACCUUUCCAUUCCAGUGCUUUCCACACUAUGGAGCACUCCAGCUGUUUGCUUGCUUGUGUCUAUCACACUUAAUCCCUUGCUUUGAUCAGCUUGCUUCCCUUCAGCCUGCAGGGCUCACCCCAUGGAGUUAACCACAUGCUGCUUGCAGCUCACCUGUCUCUUCCCAGGCUGUGAGUGUGAUGCUGCCUUGCACAGCUUCUGUUCCUUAGCAUAUACUCUUUGUGGGCCCUUCCCCCAGGCUCACCCAGUGCAAACAUGCUGCCGUUAACCAAAAAGAAAAGGGAAAAGGAAUCAAACUUGCACAGUUUUCACGAAGACAAAGGGAAAUGUCAAUAUUUUGAUUGUAUUGAUCCAAUUCUUGAAUGUGGAGACCUGUUUAAGUGCACUGUUGUCCACGCUGCAUACAAUGGAAGUGAAAUUGCACUGUACAGCAUGUUGGCUUCUCGUUGUGCUUUGCUUAAAGCCUUGGAAAGUGCUGUCAUGUCCAGGUUCCUGUACAAGGGAAAACGUCUAUAGCAGCACUCCUUUCUUGUAACUGUGGCACUGAAUAGCACUGUGUGAUGUGUGCUAUCUAUGUUAGCCCCUGCAAACUGAAGUGAUGAGCACAUUUCUGUCUCAACAUAUGGAAUCACUAAUUGGACUUGGCUGCUGCAUCAGUCUUCAUUGGAAGAACUAAAUAGCAGGGCUGGGAGCUGUGUGCUGUUGUUAGAUAUGUGCCGAACGUGUACAGAAUCCUGGCUGCUGUGGCGUUGAAUAUAUUGCAAAGAAAAAUUGGAGGGGGAAAAAGAUUACUGUGGUUGAAAUGGCUCAGCCAUUGGAAGGGGGAGAAACAGACACAGAACGGCUGUAAGCUUCGCUGUAGAUACAUUGAGAAGAUAAUAGAGCUGUCUGUUUGAAUUAAAAUGUUCCAAUUAAAAACCUUGAAGAGUGGAUCUCUUUAAUUACAGCACUGGAGAAUCUUGUAGCGCUGCCUUCACUUCUCAUUGCGUGUGUGAACUGGAUGUAAACACUUGUCUAAAGCUUGUUUUUCCUGGCUGAUGUGUGUUUUCUCCUACCAAAGUGAUAAAGAGGGGAGUUGGGCUGCAGGGCUAUGGUGGAAAGGUUGAGACUUUGAGUCUGUGCAUGGAUUGCAGAGCUUUGCUUCCAUGGUUUUGAUACUUUGUCACCAGCUCUUUCACCCCACACGUGGUGUGGGAAAGAAAUGAAUUACAGUUCUAUGCUUGAAUUACAUUCCUAAAGGAUGCACUGGAACAGGUUACCCAAGGAGGCUGUGGAUGCCCCAUCCCUGCAGGCAUUCAAGGCCAGGCUGGAUGUGGCUCUGGGCAGCCUGGGCUGCUGGUUGGUGACCCUGCACACAGCAGGGUGUUGGAACCAGAUGGUCAUUGUGGUCCUUUUCAACCCAGGCCAUUCUAUGAUGCAAGCAGAUCUUAAAGGGAGAGUGGGCAGGACUGAAGCUCAUUAGUAGUGCUGGGGCUCAUCUCACCACACUUAGAAACAGUAGAUGGGGGUGUCUCCCACAGCCCCAUCCGUGGCCUUGGGCAGCUGCAGUGAUGGGGCACCCACAGCUCUCUGGGCAGCAGUGCCACUGCCUCAUUGUAAAGCAUUUCCUAAUGUCUGUUAAUCUCUAUGAAUGGACUAUGUGUGAGUUCACCUCAUUAAAGUCUGGGCACCUAUGGCUGGUGGUGCUUGUGCAGCAUCUGAAU